GCGUGUGGUUAGUUGUCUGACCGAGUUCCAUUGAGAGCGAGGAUCACAUCACAGGGGGCGAAUGAAGAGGGGCGUAAAUAAAAACAAACAUAAUUCAACCACAAUAUCCCGGUCUUUAGGUGUGGGUUCUUGACGAUUAAACUAAGAGUUUGUUAUUUUGCUGAUAUUUUCCUGUUGGGAAACUGUCGGCUAAGGAUUUAAUCUCAGAUUGCAGCUGGUCUGAAACAAAGGAGUCGGGGACUCCGGAGUGUUCAGUGGUAAAAGCAGGUUGAAAGGGUGGACCGUGGGCACGACUCACUACUGGCAAGAUGGAACGGGAGGGGCAGUGGUGGAAGAGCCAGCUCGCUGCAGACAUCCACCAGUCUUUACGAAUAAAGGAGCUGAAGUUGCCCACCUACAAGUCCCACUCUCCUCAGAUAGGGAUGCGGCGUUACUUUGCUGACCUGCUGGCUGUCCUCAGUAACCGCUACCAGCUGUGCCCAGCGGCUCGCCACCUGGCCGUCUACCUCCUGGAUUUGUUCAUGGACCACUACGACGUGGCAGUCCGCCAGCUCUACAUCAUUGCCCUCUCCUGCCUCCUCCUAGCCAGUAAGUUUGAAGAGAAGGAGGACCGUGUACCAAAGCUGGAGCAGCUAAACUCUCUGGGCUUCAUGUGUAGCCUGAACCUGUCACUGAGCAGGAAGGACCUGGUAAAGAUGGAGCUGCUCCUCUUAGAGACGUUUGGCUGGAACUUGUGUAUGCCCACGCCUGCACACUUCAUAGACUACUACCUCCAUGCCGCUGUACAGGAGGGAGAACUGCACAACGGCUGGCCCCUCUCCUCCCUCAGUAAGACCAAAGCCUUCAUGGACAAGUACACACACUACUUCCUGGAAGUCUCACUGCAAGACCAUGCCUUCCUCGGCUUCCGACCGUCCCAGGUGGCGGCAGCCUGCAUUGCGGCGUCCCGCAUCUGUCUCCAGAUCACCCCAAGCUGGACCACCGUUCUCCACCUGCUCACCGGAUACUCCUGGGAGCCCCUCACCCCCUGCAUCGAGCUCAUGCUGCUUGCCCAUGACAACGAUGUGAAACAAGCCAACAAAUCCAAGUCCAACUCUCCGUCUGUCCAGAGUCCUCUCCAACCCCAGGCCCUUCCCUCAACCUCCACAGUCUCUGUCUCCACCAUGAAACAGCCCUUGUCUACCUCUCAGCAGCUGCUCUUCCAGACAGGUGGAUACCAGCAGCAGCUCACCCAGCACUCUACUCCCCUUUCCCAGCUGCACAUGCUAGGUGAGUCUCCGACUCUGGGCCCUGUUGGGUCUCGCGACUACCUCCAGGCCCACCAGAGAGGGCUCCUCUCAGGGUCGGUUUCUCAGGGAGUCUUCCCCUCCUACCCCAGCUUAGCCUCAGGGCUGCACUCCUCCCUGCCCCUGCAGGGACCCAUCUCCAUGCAAGUGUCUCUUGCUGCAGAGCCCCGUCACUGCCUCCCCCUGUCGUACGGGGGAGGCUACCUGGGCUCCCAUCACACCUACACAGCGGGCUGCUUCGACAGGUGACGCCAGGAGAGGGAGGACAAACAGAACCUGGGGCAGUCAGUGUCCUCCUCCAUCCAUUCUGACCUCAUCCACUGGGGACAAAGGAAACCAAAACAAAGAAGCAAUGUCAAUGCAGAUGUUGCUGAGGUCAUAAUAUUGACCUAACAAAAGCCCUACCUAUUUGAAAUUAGACACUUUGUGAUGAGCUGAUUACAUACAGUUCAUACUGUUCCCUUCACGUGACUGCUUGCUCUAUACUGAGAUUGUGAGGCUGGUUUAGCCACUGUGAUUCUGCUAUCAACUGUGGUUGUGUGGAGCCCCUGCUUCCAAAUCAGUUCUCUCAAUGUGGGACUGCUGUUUUUUUUUAUAUACUAUUAUCUUUCAAUGCUGCUGCUUUAAACAAAAUUAUGACUUUAUGAUCAGUGAAAAGUGGUCUGUCCUUGGUAUUAUUUACAUGAACUAUAUCAUUUCAGGGUUUGAAGUAUUACUUGAAAGAAUAUGUAUUUAAACAGCUGUGUAAAUGAAUUUCUUUUUUGAUGUUGUGUUUUCUUUCUUUUUUCUACUGGGUAAAAACAGUGUGUAUUGUAAGGUAGGAGAUGCCUUGCUAUGAUUUCUGGUCCAUCUUUGGCCUUGGCUGGUGUAGAGUAGUCUCAAUCUUGUUUUGCCUUUCUGGUGCCUCUGGAAGCAGAUGGAGCCAUGGUUCCCAGGGGAACAGCCACAUCCAUCCUCUCAGCACAUCAAACCACAGGGGAAGAAGUGAUGCUUUACUAGCUAGACCCCAGGGGGGCAAAGCCAUGCUUUCUCCUCAGUUAAUGUAAAUUAUCCUGACUGGUACCAUUUCAUCUGUAUGUCUGACUGAAACCCAGGACAGUCACACAACCCUCACUGGAACAGCUACUGUUGCUGUCCUUGUCACAAGGACCUUGAGCAGUUAAUGACACCAGGAUCACGUUGGGAAGGCUUAUAUAGCUUGUAGUUCAGUACCGCUGACAUUUUCAUCUGGUCAUACUACUACCGAUGUCCUUCCUCAUUCUCCAGGGGGGUUGCUAUUUGUGUAAUUUUACUGUAAUUUACUGUACCUGUAAAAUGGACCAUGCUUGAUCAGAUGUAAAGAGUGCCACCAAACAUUUAUCCUAAAUCAGCAAAAGUAUAGUUGACCUUUAAAGCUGGGACCCUUAAGGGUGAAACUGCCACGUCUGUUUUGUGAAAAUACAAUAAAGAAGUUACUGCAAACAACAACCCCCCCACCGGACACCAUUGCACGUGCGAUAGAACAGCUGCAUAAAGUGCAUUCGGAAAGUAUUCACACCCCUUGACUUUGUCCACAUUUUGUUACGUUAGUCUUAUUCUAAAAUGUAUCGAAAAAUAAAUCGAUCUAUACACAAUCUGCACGCACAGUGAGGCAAAGACUUUUGGAAGAUAGCCUGGUGUCAAGAAGGGCAGCAAAGAAGCCACUUCUCUCCAGGAAAACAUCAGGGAAAGACUGAUAUUCUGCAAAUG